CUAAAGAACUACAUAUACAAAAGUUCAGCAUACUAUAUACGUGGGGAAUAAACAAAGUUUUUACUUAAAAUGGAGAAUUCAGAUGUUAGUCAAUCGUCAAUCAGUUUAACUAAUUCGUCUAAUACAUCGGACAUUACUUUGGAAUAUUUAAAUGAAAUCGAAACUGAAAAGAGAAUUGUUCCUAUAGUGUAUCUAACAAUAUUGUGUAUCAUUGGGACGAUAGGAAAUAUGUUGAUCAUGUACGUUUAUUUGAUCAAAUUCAGGAGAAAAGCAACAUAUCGUACGUUUAUUGUUGCCCUAGCUAUUGCAGAUUUCCUUGUAUGUAGUUUAGCUAUACCUUUCGAAAUAUUCCAAAUGACAAGGGAGUACACAUUUAAUGCGGAAUGGCUGUGUAAGUUUUUCCGAAUGUUUAAAAACAGUUUUACGUUAUCAUCUACAUUGAUUUUGAUCGGGCUGUCAGUUAAUAGAUAUCGGUCAAUUUGUUAUCCUCUCCGUCCAAAAUUGUCAUAUUGUCAAGCAUUAAAAUGUAUUGUGUGUCUAGUAUGCUUUGCAUUAGCAUUUGCUUCUCCAGAAAUAUUUUUGACGGGAAUAAAAAGUCAUAAACUAGAAAACAAUUUAGUUGGCAAAGAUUGCUCGGAUGCCGAAGAGUAUGCAGAUACAAUGUAUCCUAUGAUAUACGGUAUGUCACAACUGGUAUUAUAUUUCGUUUGUACAAUAGCCUUAUUAGUCAUGUGUAUUUUGAUUGGGCGACAGAUAAUGCGACACGUGAAGUUUCGGGACCAAUUCAGAUUGUCAAAAAUAUUUAAAACUACUUCGAAGGAAACCCAAAUGUCUACAAUGGUUGGAAUAGAAAAAAAUUCAAGUACCAAGACAUGUGUAAAAGAUAGAUGGUUUAGUCACAAAAAGCACAAAACAUCUGCUCAUAAAAGAAUAAAUUCACCAACAAAGGUGACACGAACAGCGCUUGUUGUUAGUAUAUGUUUCGUUAUUCUAUAUUUACCAUAUAUAACUAUGAAAAUACUUUCCGCUGUCACAGAGGGACAAAUUAUGCCACGUAGUAAACUGGCAUCUAUCAUUAUGCCUAUUCUUUCGAGGACACAUUUAAUGAACAAUGUUGUUAAUUUUAUUAUUUAUUUAAAGAUGGAUUUAUCAUUCCGUAGACAGUGUAAGGAAUUAGUGGUGCCAUUAGUUUCUAUAUUUGUCAAAAAGGUUAUAGUUCAGUAAAACAUAUAUUGAAAUGUUGACACUUUAAUUCCCAAAAUGAACACUUUAUAUUAAAGAUGAGACUUCCUACGAAAUAAACUUUAAUUUUCUGUUGUUCAGAAUUGAAUUCAGU